AUGUCAAGUCCUGUCGCCCGAACAAUUCUGGCCUUCCAGCAUAAUGCAAAGCUCUACAAUCUCUCCACCGCCGUGUUGGCAGUGACCCCAUUCCACGCCCUAGCCGAAGCGAACCGGCAGCUCUUCAAGAUCGGCACCGACGACGACUCUGUAGUCAUCACCGGCGAAACCAUCUUCCACCCCCAAGGCGGCGGCCAGCCAUCUGACACCGGCAGCAUGACCUCAUCAACCGGCUCAACCUUCUCCGUAUCAUCAGUACGCAUGGACAGCGUGCACGACGGCCAAGUGCUGCACCUAGGCCGCUUCAGUGAAGAAUCACGACCAUUCAGUGUAGGCGAGACCAUCACACAGUCACUGGACGUUGAAAAGCGUCUGCUCUACUCGCGCCUCCACACUGCAGGCCACGUGCUGGGCGCGGCGGUGCGGCAUUUGCUCGAGAAGCAGAUUCCGGGAUUCGACGAGCUCAAGGCCAGCCAUUUCCCGGACAGCGCCGCGUGUGAGUUCCAGGGUGUGAUCGAGGGCAAGUGGAAGGCUCCCAUCCAGACCCGUGUUGAUGAGUACGUGGCCCGCGCCAUGCCGGUCGAGGUGGAUUUCUGGAGUGAAGAUGACUUCCGUGCGAAUGGGCUCGAGAGGCUCAUCCCCGCGCCGGACAGUGGGCUCAGGCUGGCGCCCGGCGAGAAAUAUCGCGUGGUCAAGAUCGUUGGGGCGGAGGUCUACCCUUGUGGUGGGACACAUGUUGACUCGACGGAUCUUUGUGGCACAGUUGGCGUCAAGAAGAUCAGUCGGAGUAAAGGUACCAGUCGGGUGUCUUAUACCGUGAGCUGA